CUCACUAAUCAACUCUAACUCUGUCAUCGAAAUCAUCAGGAACAAUGCUGUUUUUUCUUACUUGAGCGUUUAUUUUUCGUGAUGCGACAGUGGAUUGAGAGUGAUGACCUCAAAGUCAGUGUCUCUGCAUCAGAACCCUCCAUGUCUUCUUCUUAUCUGUGUAUCAGCUCUCCGCACAUCCCCGUCCAGGUAUGCCCGGAGUCAUGAAAUGCCCACCGGUCAGGUCCCACAAUUCCCGGUGCCUACGCCGGUAACACGGCCGGCGACGUCAUGGAUGGGCGGAAAAAGAUGGCAAUUGAUACUUAACCCUUCAAUUCAAUUACAUUCAAGAACAUAUUAGCAUCUUUCCUCAUAAUUAGCAUAGAGAUCCUCAGCCUGGUCCAAUCUCACAAUGACCUUAUUACUGAACCCAGCUCAAACCAUAUCAUAUCAUCUCAGCUACCGUUAACAGUCCAUCAAUACAACCAUCCCCAAACCUCCAUCCAAACAUCGGAAAAUUCCAAUCCAGCCCCCAAGCCCUUUAUCUACAUGUCACAUGUUUCUAUUCCCGCCUCAAUCCCAAAACGUCCAUCACCCAUCAAUGACAUCCAAUAAUCGUCAAUGGCUACACAUCUCCAGAUAUUCUGACGCGGGGAAGCUCCUGAUCCUGUAGCUCACCACGUCAUCCCUCCAUCAUUCAAAGCUCUUAGAUCAUUGACCAAACCCUAUUAAAUAGCAAAGGUCCCUCAACUACUGAGAUCAAAUACUGCUUCAUAAUAAUCGUUGUAUCAGAAGAACAAGUCAAAAUGUCCAUGAGAUUAAUCCUUCGUCCGGUGGUGCGAAUCCCGCUCCUCCGCCCCCAGAUCCGUCUUGCGACUACAAACCCUACGCAUGUCCAUCCAGAUGGUAACCUCGGCGGUCCGGGAGGUCAGCAGCCCCCACCUGCACGCCCCGGCGGUCCGGAAGCUAUCACAAGGAACUGGAUGCCCAUCGCUGCUGCAGCAGGUGUAAUCGCAGGCGGCGUCUACAUCAUGCUCCCCACACGAGGAAAAUCCCCUGAGAGAACUCUCGAAAGCGACAUGGUAGCCGCCAACUCGACUGCGAUUGGAUACAUCGGUCAACCAUCUGGAAAACCAGGCAUUGCUUCUCAUUACAGGGAGCUUCGAGAUGGGAAGGAAGUCGAGUCGAUGAAGGAGUUGAGUGGGAGAAAAGGAGGUGGUUCAAUGGGUCCUUUCAGAGCGGAAUGAAUAACGAAAAAUGUGUUCGUAACGGAGGCGACCUGCCCAGAGUAUCAAAUUGUCUAUCAUCGCUCGAUGGAGCUGUACAUUAAUAGUAACACAUCGCUUACUUCUGCUCUAAAGGUUCGUCUUUCUUCUUUUGUAGCAGAUAAUCUCCCCCAAAUACCGCUUUGUACACUCCUCUCAAUCCCCUUAUCGGCCAUCCUGUUCGUGCAGUUGACUUCAUGAGCUUCUCGUCACCUUCAAUAUCAACUUUGACUUUAUCGUAGACA